AUGACUUCAUUUGUCUUUAACUGCGUGGUUCUCCUCCUUCAUCUGCCCUGGGUGGGCUUAGCUCAGGAUCAUUCAACGUCCUCACCGGAAGUUAAAAAUGCUACAAACCUGAAUAUGACGAUGUUAAAUCUAACCAACGCAUCGAUCAUCUGCAAACAGCUUCGAAUAAAUGAUUCAGCAAUCGAGAAUAUCCUUCGACUUAUUCACGAUCCUAUUACGCAUGUUGUAGAAAUAAAAGUAUCCAUCAAUUCGGGGAAUAAAACGCGACGUUUUCCAGAAUUCAUAUGGCCUUGGGCGAAUGAAAUUGGUCGAACAAUAAUCUCAUUGAAAGCACAAUCCAACGCUAUAUUUAACCAAUUCUCUCUUCGAAUAAGUACGCUUAAUGUUGGGAUCGAAAAAGUGGAUGUUGUUGUUUCUGAGGAAUAUUAUGGAUGUUUACCAGCAGGAAGCAAAGGAUCCGAAAUUGUUUUUGACUUUCUGUUACAUAACCUUUCUGAUUCAGACGACACUCAUGAUUACAAGUUAUGCCGCGCCUUCAAUAAUGAAGUCAACUUGAUAAAAUAUAAUUGUUGCAGAGUAGCCAGUGAUGGAUAG